CUGUCACGUCACUUCCGCCCGGUCGCUGUCAGAAAACUUGUGGCGCGCGGCCGGCUGGGCUGGAGUGGCACUCGGUGUCGGCGGGGGGUGACGUGGUGCGGACAAUGUUGGGGACGCUGAGGAGUUUCCCGCCACCCGUGGAGGGGGUGAGGCGGCAGCAGGACGGGACGGAGGCCGUGCUGAGCGGAGAGAAGCUGGGGAGAGGAACGCUGUAUAUAGCCGAGAGUCGCCUGUCAUGGCUGAAUGCGUCAGGUCUUGGUUUUUUUUCUGGAAUAUCCCUCUAUCAGUCUGCAUGCCAUCUCCAGAGACACCAAAGCUGCUUACCCCGAGGAGCACCUCUAUGUCAUGGUCAACGCCAAGCUGGCAGAAGAUGAAAUUGAAUGCAAUGACAAUGGCAACGACGAAGACGACGACGAUGACGACGAGCACAAAAGCUACUCUUCAUUUAAUGAACUGUCUGUGAUUUCAGUAGGAGAGAUGUUCUCUGCCAUGUGUGACUGCCAGGCUUUGCACCCCGACCCGGAGGAUCAGGACGACUCAGAUGAUGAUUUUGAAGGAGAAGAGUAUGAUGUGGAGGCUCAUGAACAAGGACAAGUUGACCCUCCCACGUUUUAUACCUAUGAAGAAGGCCUGUCUCAUCUCACUCCUGAAGGACAGGCCAACUUAGAACGGUUUGAAGGCAUGUUGGCCAGCUCCGUAGGUCAGCACACCAUGGCUGGGGUCCGGACUGAAGGUUCUGCUUUGGGAUAUGAAGAUGGCAUGGAUGUUGUGCCCACAGUCCCUGGACAGUUUGAAGAUGCUGAUGUUGAUCACUGA